AUGCAUCAGGCACUCAGAUUCAGCCAGCAGAAAAGAAAAUUGAAGAAAAAGAGCCAGCAAAAGGGUUCAAGGGCAGGCGAGAGCAACAGCGACGACAAAAGCCACAGCGAGAACGAGAGCAACAGCAGCGAGGACAAGAGCAAUAGCAAGGAUGAGAGCAAUGGGGGCGAGGGCAAUGGCGAGGGCGAGGGUGAGAGUGAGAGUGAGGGCGAGGGCGAGGGCGAGGGCGAGGGCGAGGGCGAGGGCAAUGGCGAGGGCGAGAACAAUGAGGGCGGGGGCGAGAGUGAGGGCGAGGGCAAUGGCAGGGGCGAGGGUGAGAACAAUGGGGGCGAGGACGAGAGCAGGGGCGAGGGCAAGAGCAAGGGCGAGGGCGAGAGCAAUGGCGAGGGGGGCGAGAGCAAUGGCGAGGGGGGCGAGAGCAAUGGCGAGGGUGAGAGCAGGAAUGCGGGCAAGACACCAGGCCCGCAGAAGGUGGUUGUGCAGGAAGAGCCUGCACAGGCAAUUGGCGGCCAGCCCCUGCACUCGGCGACGUGGCGCGCCCGGCCGCGCACACAGACGGUGGCGCAGCACAACGCGGCGGGCCCCCGCGUGCAGCAGCAGCGGGUACUUGCAGCGCGGUUUGCUGGCAGCGGCAGCAGCGCGGCGCGUGCUGGCAGCGAUGGCGGGUGCUGGGUCGCGAGCAAGACGCGCGCGCCGUUGAUGAUGUCGCGCACAUCGACGGUGGCGAGGCGCAACACGGUGGGCCCCGCGUGGCGCGGGGCGUGUGCUGGCGGCGGUGGGUGCUGCGUCGCAAACGAGGCCAACCGCGCGCGCGCCGUUGGUGACGUGGCGCGCACCUGGCUGCGCGCACCGAAGGUGGCGCGGCGCGACACCGCGGACCCCCGCGCGCGGCCGCGACGGGUACCUGCAGGCAGCGGGUCUGCCGAUCCUGGAUAUUUCGCUGAGCUUUUCACUUUCCUCUCCAAUGAAACCGCUGGCACCAAUAUAGACCUUGGCCGUUCUCCAGUUACGGAGUUCAUCAGCCACUGCUCACGACUGCAAGGCCGCCUGCCCGACGCACUCUGUGCAGCGCUGGAGCAGCGGAAGCGGGAGGUUGAGCUGAACAGGAAAGCAAAGCGGAGGUUUAUUGCAGAUGUGGGGCUCAUGCAGGGAAGCAACGAGGACAGACUGGCUGCGCUUGAAGCCUGUGCAACUCUGUACUCCCUCCGAGAGCUCCCGGACGAGGUUGCCUAUCCUCCCAAAGGCUUCUUGGCCUGCGAGACAGAGGUGUCCAAGGCAGGCUGGUCAGACUGGGUCUUAACACGCAAUCUGCAUGACAAACGUGAUACCCAGGCAGCCCUGUGCGCAAUGCUCUGCGUGGACCCAGACAUGCUGAAGCUCAUCGUUCCGAAAGACAAGGAUGUUAUUGUCCGCGACGAGGAAACGGGCGAGAUUGUUCUCAUUGUCAGGCGGAACCUCUGCAGCGAUGCGGAGGUACUGGCUGGCACCGACAAUACUGUGGUUCUUGACUGCAGCAUGAAGAAAGGUGCUCGGUUAGAUGAUCCGGGCAAGCUUGUGCUUGUGGGCUAUUCUGCGGGUUCUCGCUCUUCACCCGCUUUCGACUAUUCCCGGAACAUAGAGGCCAAGAAGCUGUCGGAGGAAUUUGUGCGCAGCCACCACAUGGCGGUAUCCUCCUCGUUCAGCCUCUUCUACCAGCUGAUGAGGGCAAACCUUCCCAACGAAGUGCUGGAGGACUACGAGGAGUACAUCGCUAAGCAUGGCUUUCCUCGCAUGGACGCACGUGGUGCAAUACCUGUCGAUGACGAGGGCUGCGGUGACUAUUACGUGAAGAAGGGUGGGAAAACGUUCACCUUCCAUGGCGCAAAACUUGCGCCGCCUGCAGGCGUAGCAGUUCUAACUCAGCUGCAGGAGGGCGAAGACUGGUGGAAACUUCUACCUGGCAUCCCCCGCCAUUACCAUGGCACAAGCCUGCUCGGAGAUCGGCCCGAGGACAAUAUUGCUCCUUUCGCGCAAAGUGGAUUUGCCUUUGUCACGAGCACUCGACUCGCGACGUCUUGGAGGAACUACAAGGACAAGAAGAUCUCGCAUGAGGAGGCGAUGCAGGAAUAUGCGGAGGGAUUGGAGGGGGACAUUGAUGAUUCGGAGCCUGAGGUUGAGUGUCGGAGUACAAAGACGCCCUACUCGCUCAGGCCACGAACUGGGUUGCGGGCACGCGAAGGACCUUACUAGUCGGGUUUACAAAUAGUUGCAAACGAGCAGAGAUUGAUACAGGGAGCACAAUUGCGCAAGCUGGACGUGUUGAGUGCAGGAGAGGCAUCACGCGCGAGCUCGCACGACGCAAGCCGAGGUAGAGGAGGUAGGAUGAACAGAAUAGUCGAGCACAGAGAGAUGCACUCGACACAUUUGGGCGCUUCGAGUCGCGUGUGUAGCGCAUCGCGCAUCGCACACGCGAUGUCGGUCGUGCAUAGCGCGCCGCAUGCGCGAUGACGGGCAUGUGUAGCAAUGUCGACAGCGGGCGUGUGUAGCAUCGACAGCGGGCCUGUGUAGCGCGUCGCGCGCGAUGGUGGACACGCGAUGGUGGUCGUGUGUAGGGCAUCGCGCGUGAGCUCGCGAACCUGUGGCCACAACGAUUACAUAAGCAGUUCAAAGCGCGACUUACCACAUUCGACGACAGAGCCAGACCGAAAAGUGGGAU